UACAACAACAACCAACUCCCUUCGCAAACACAACAAUCAACUUCUCGAUGGGGAUGCCCCCCUAAUUCAAUGCCACCAAAAAUAAGACAAGCUGCGACAACAAUUGAGCAACUCCAACAACCAAAAUUUGACGAAAAUUUAAAAGAGCUUUAUAAAAAGAAGAGUUUUUAUGCGGUAAUUGAAAGGUUUCCAGAAAUGGAAAAUGAACAAGAAGACGUAAAAAAUAUUGAAAAAAAUGUCCAAAUAGUGGUGGAUAACAAAAAUUUUAAGGAAGAUAAGACUUUUGCUGUUAAACGACAUGGUGUUAAAAAGCAAAACAAACAUCACCGCAUCAUAAAAGUAAAAUUUUCUACACCAUCAGCUGCACAAUCGUUUAUCAGUCAAUACAGAACAAUUCAUCAACCAAUACUAGGUGGGCAUAGUCCCUUCGCAAGAAGGGACUUAACCCCACCAGAACUCCAACUACAAAACUACCUUAAACAGCAGGUUAAGGAGAUUAAUGAAAAAAAUGGAAAUGGAACUGCCUGUUAUCGUAAUCUUAAAAUUUAUUAUAAAAAGACAGUGAACACGGGCUAG